AUGGAGACGGUUGAGAGUUUGAUCCCCCCUCGCGACACAGGGGACAGUGAUCCGGAAUGGGAGAAGCCUGACGAUGAUGUUGCCUUGGCCCGUGCUACCCUGGUACACAAUGUCCAUGCCCAUGAGGAUGAGACGGCAAACACUGCCCUGGCUUCCUUCACGGCUUUGGAGGUUGACGACACCAGCAUGGCCCUUCGGCUUCAGGAAAUGGAAGCGGCCAUGUCCCGCCUCUUGGCAAAGGGCGAUGAGAUGGUGGCUGUCACAGGACCGGAGGUGCCAACCACAGGUGACUUUGUCCCUGAGGGAGGUGUUUCUGAUGAUCCCAUGGGAAGCGAGGAGGUGCCAACCACAGGUGACUUUGUCCCUGAGGGCGGUUCUUCUGAUGAUCACAUGGACAGGGCUACCGACAACAAGCCCAGACCAUACUCUGCCCUACCCGCCGGCACCCUGGAGGAGAAGGUCUUUCGCAUCGAGGGCUUCCCUGAGGACUUCCCCGGCAUCGGCAAGAAGAGUGCUGAUUUGGCCCAGCAGUUGACAAAGGAGGAGAUCGUGUAUCAGAUCUACAAGCGCCAGUUGGCUCAGGAGAAGAUGCUGGCUGCUCCCUACAAUCGUGCUCGCAGAGGGGUUGGACACAGCAGCAUGGGUCAGUUGGACCCUGGCAGCACUGGGGCUACCCUCAUGUGCCCCAACUGCUUUGCGGAUUGGCAACGGCAGGACAACAAGGUCGAGGGGAAGUGCAAGCUCUGCCAGAAGUCCGUCAUUGCAGUGGACAAGGGCCCACCCUCGGCAGAGAUCAAGCUAGGCUCGGCUUCCUGGCGGAUGUUUUGUGGCCCCAGAGGUGUCACGUGGCACACGGAUGCUGAUGAGGCACAGAAGGAAGCUGCCUCCGUGGAUAUUGGCUCGUGGGCCCAGCCCCCUCCCAGGCCAACGGACCAAAAGGAGCUCAGCUUUGCCGACCAGGUGCCUAUGGCCCUGAGGCGGGAGAAAGACCCCAUUCCAUCCCCAGCUGGCGGCGGCGAUGGACAUCACCAAGAAGAGCUCGGGCCCAGUCGACAAACCAAGAAGCCCACGGAAGAAGAGUUCCUGGAUCACAUCAACCCCCAGCUGGAUGUGAUCGUCGAAAUGCAAGCGGGCGCACAGAGUGUCGAAGAGGCUAAGGGAGCGUCAAUCCUUCGACAGCUCGACACAGAGAAGCUUCGCUCCCUUCUGAAGCGAAACUACCUCCAGGGCCCUGGGAAUCAGGGAGAGGAGUUUUUCUCUGCACAGACUACCUUGGAAGAGGCCAAGGCCUCUAACAAGCGCAUGCAGGAUGAGGGAUCCCAGCGCGCCCAGAUCCUCCGGCCUGUGGCCGAUUCCAUCGAUACCUGGGGUACCCAGCUGCGUGCCUUUGGCCCUGAGGAGCAGUCUCCAGAGGCAGUCCUGGGAGUUGCAGUGGGCUCGGUCGAGUUCCAGAUCCUGCGCCUCAAACGCAUCAUCGAGCUGCACAUGGGGGAGCAGCGCAUGAUCGGGGGCAAAUGGAAGCAGCUGCCGGGACCCCUCGAGGAGAUUGAGGCACAGGUCGCAAUGGGCACGAGGCCCCCUUUGGACAAGAUCAUCGGCCCGUUCCAUGCUGAGGGGGAAGGGAAUACCCACUGGCAAAAGGAAGUGCAGACGUGGGACUUGGUUAGCCUCUUCUCCUGCUUCGGCCACACUUAUUUGGCCAGGCACCUUUAUGCUGUGUGGAGCCACUUGCCGAUCACCAUCAAGUCCCACAAAAGGGGGGCCAAGAACAAGCAACAGAACCUGCAGCGACGAGAUGACCAUCGCGAGUUGAUGAAGGAGGCCAAAGAGUUUGUGAUUCUGCAUGACCUCCCGGUGCCUACGACGAACCAGGAGUGGAAGCAGCUCUACCGCGAAAUUGGAUCAUUUUUCGCUGCCAAGGUCUUCAUCAACCGUACGCCGCAGGUGGUUCUAGACCUCCCUGUAUCGGACAUCCAUGACUCCAAGCAGCACAUGCGACUGCGAGCCGUAUGUGAUGAAAGGAUCACCCUGCCUUUGAAGGCCUUCCGCCACUUCCCGGAGAUCUACAACUCGCUCUCCCACUCGUUGGGGCAGGAUUCGGUGGUGGAGGUCAAGAUGGCGUGGCGCUGCAACACCGUGCAGUGGUGGACAGCCCGCCUCACCAGCACGGGCCCAACGUAUCCUAAUUAA